GAGUUGGCGAGAACAAACUGACUGUAAUGAUAGUUUUUUCUAAAUGACACGUAUGAAAGUUUUGAAAAAGCCAGUUCAUAGUCAUUAGUCGGACUUACUUUUUCCGUAAGGGAUAAGUAGCCUAUAAUUAGAGCGAACUUGAAAAGUAGGCCCUAUACGAGAAAGCAACUGGUGCGUCCAUUAAAGGGACCGCAUCUCAAGGGAAAAAAAAUAAACAGACGGAUCAUUGUGGCUUUCCUAAACAUUUACGUUACUGAAGAAUCGGAUGGCACAUAGUCUUUACCGUCUACUCAAGAAGAGGAGGAAAAGAUGGGGAAAGGAAUUUGUUCGAGACGACAGAGAAGAAUAUUUCAGUCUUUCCUACUUCUCAGCUUCGUUUGCGGGACGUUGUGCGCCUUCAUGAUCUCAUAUGAGAUGCAUAAAGAGCUGAAAAAGACUGAGGCGACGGCUUUGAAGUACCAGCAGCAUCAAGAGUCACUUUCUGCGCAGCUGCAAGUGGUAUACGAGCAUCAUUCUAAACUAGAGAAAUCCCUCCAGAAAGAGAGACUUGAGCAUAAGAAGGCUGAAGAGGAUUUCCUUGUGUUUAAGCGGGAAUCACAGAAGGCCCUCAACAAAGAAAAGCAAGAUUCAAGCUAUCGACUGAAAGCUCUGCAGACAGAGCACCAAAUACUGAAGUCCCAGCAUGAAGACUUAAAGAUGCAAUACUAUGAACUUCAAGAGAAGCACCAGAAUCAAGGGCAGGAUCAUGAACGUGUGCUGGAUGAGCACAGACUGGAAAUAGACAACCUACAGAGAGAGAAAGAGGUUGAAAUAUCCAGACUGAAAGAGAAUGUGUACAACCUUCGAGAGGAGAACAGACAGCUACGGAAAGCUCAUCAGGACAUCUACACACAGUUACUUGAUGUGCAGGAACAGCACAAGAACCUGCAAGCUUCAAAAGAUCAUCUCACACUCACAUUAGAAGACCAUAAAAAUGCACUUGUUGCAGCUCAGGUGGAAGGAUAUGAGGAAAAUGGAAAAGGGUUAUCCCCUCAAGGUGUGUUGGAGAUUGAAAAUAACAAUGCGACCAAAGUGGCAAUGAAGCAGCCUCGGAAAAUUGAUAUUUUUGCUGAGGGAAACGGCAAGAAAGAGGAGAGAAGCACAUCAAAGGAUAGAGGAGGAGAGGAUAAGGGGGAAAAGGCAGUGCUGGAACAUUCCUUAUCAAACCCAGAAGAGCUGGGCAUUAACCCUCGCAAGAACACACUAAGCCAAAGCCCGGAGAAACAGACACAGACGGAGCCACUUCACAGAACUAAAGUACACUUUGAGGCUUUGGAUACAGUUAUUGCUGGAAAUGCUGUGCAAUCACAUAAUGUUUUGGCUGGACGAGAAGAUGCAAAAGAUGUAGAGGACCCUCAAAAUCAUGACAAGGGCCUAGGAGAAAAAAACCUGAACAUUGAGAAUGAGGCCAAAAAUCAGAACGAAGAUGAAUUAAAAGAGGCAAAAGAAGAAACUGAGUACAAGACCAAUGCGAACAAGAUCAGGCCUGAAGAAGAUGAGCAGCUUGUGGUGGCAGGCAAUCCAGAGCAGCAAGAGGACCAGCCGGAUGAGCAAUAUGAAGACGAUGUAGAGGAUGAGACUCUUGAUGACUCAGUGCAUGACAGACAGAAGAGAGCAGAGGAGGAAGAGAGUGAAGAAGAAGAUCCCUACAGUGAGCGUAAUGGAGCACGGGUCAGCCAAAUGCUUAAGAAGUCUGUUCCUGUCAAUCAAAUAAAAUGAGUGAGAAGCAUGUAGAAAAGAAUUGUAACUUUGUACUUGAAAAUGCAGAACAAUGUGUUCAGAAUGUAAAUGCACUAUAAUGUUUGGCAGGCGAAAUAGUGCAUUUUGAGAACAGAAGAUCUGAAAUAUCGUUAAAUAAUGAAUUGUUUCAGGGCCACAACAAAGUGAAUGAAGAACCAGAAGCAGAAACCGAUGCCAAUCAGGAGAGCUUCCAAGAAACAUUGAUAAAAAGAAUAUGAAGAAGAUGGGAAAGCAGUCAAAAACUGAUUUUAUCAAAUGUGAAUAUGACUGCUUCUAGUGUCUACUGAGUGGCUUUACACAUCUCUUCUUGACUGGCAGAAAACUGAAGUGCAACAACUGUGAUCACUUUUUUUUAAGAAGUGACUACUUAUGAAGUGACUUGUACUUCUAAGUACAAGGAUUUGUUUAGCAUUUAUAUUUAAUCAAAGAAUUGUAUCUUCUUUAUCUUACUAAAUGAUAUGAACUGACACCCUGCUGAAUGAAAACUAAAGUAAACAUGCGUUCCAUAUGUCAGAAUAUUUCAGUGGUUUCUUAUAGGAAGUUAUUAUUUAUUUAUUUUUUAAAUAUUCACUCAGUUCAGUACUUGAAAUUUUUUAAAUAAAAUGUUAAAUAUGGGCUAAAAUAAAAUGUUUUCAAAUUAAUCUUCUUACUAAAAGUAGUAAUGUAGUAAAAGAGAUACAACAAAUAAGUAGAGGAAUAAAAAUACAAACUGUAAGUGUUUUAUGCUAUUAUUUUACUUUUUAUCUUGUAUAUUACUUUCAUCUGAGAACUUAAUGUACAUCUGGACUUUCUCUGUCAAGCAUAAGAAUAUUAAAUAUUAAAGCUAUAUGUGACUCUGGACCACAAAACCAGUCAUAAGUCGCACGAGUAUAUUUGUAGCAAUAGCCAUUGUAUGGGUCAAAAUUACCGAUUUUUCUUUUAUGCCAAAAAUCAUUAGGAUAUUAAGUAAAGGUCAUGUUCCGUGAAGAUAUUUUGUAAAUUUUCUACCAUAAAUAUAUCAAAAAUGUAUUUUUGUGAGUGGAUAUGCAUUGCUAAGGACUUCUUUUGGACAACUUUAAAGGCGAUUUUCUCAAUAUUUAGAUUUUUUUGCACCCUCAGAUUCCAGAUUUUCAAUAGUUGUAUCUCGGACAAAUAUUGUCCUAUCAUAACAAACCAUACAUCAAUGUGAAAGCUUAUUUAUUCAGAUGAUGUAUAAAUCUCAAAAAAUUGACCCUUAUGACUGGUUUUGUGGUCCAGGGUCAAAUAUAUGAGCUCUAUUAUUAUAAUUUAAAACUAUGGAAUUUUUAUGCUUCUGGAAAAGCAUAAAAAUUGCUAUGGAAAUUUUAUGCUUCAUUUUCUGAACAGAAAAUGUACUUAUUAAUUUAGAUAAACAGCAAAUAGAAAUAUUUUGACAUUUUUUUUAUAUAUUCUCAAAGCCAAAUAUGGAUUUUUUUUUUUUUUUUUUUAAAUUAUGAUUAAUGUGGUUUUGGUCAUAUUCACCUUUUUUUUUUA